AUGGGUGGCGGAGAUGUCCCCCAAUACGUCGGUGAGGUUCCUUUAGAGCUGCCCAUGGGACUUGCCACCAACCAGCCUGUUUCUUCUACGCAAUACGUGAAUCCAACCGAAGAUUGGGAAUCGCGGCCUGGCCGCCCAGCACCUCAGUCGCUACACCAGCCGCCAGGCAAUACCGGUAAUGGCGGGCUUGGUCAGUCUCGCUAUUGCUGGGAAAGUGUCGCAUUGCCACUACCGCAGAAGGAAGAUUGUUUCCCGGAGGCCUUCCAUCGCACCUUUCAGUCCGGCUCUACACCCACGCAUAGCCUGCCGCCGCCUUCACUAAAUGGGGCCCAUUCGACCUCGAGGGACCCAACAAAUGCCCAGGGGCAACAUGCGUACUUAUCGCAAUUUCACGCCCAGGCAGCAUAUCCUGAUGGGGUAUUUGGUAGCAGUGUCGAAAUCACCCAAGAGCAUCGUUUUCCAUAUUGUCUUCCGAGGGUCGACAGUGGUUCCUUGAGAGCUAGCCCUGGCAACUUGCCAGACACCGAAGCCUCAUCGAUUUGCAGUGCAUAUGUGCAUGUCACAAAAGAGGGAAAUGGCCACACCUGGGAUGAGCUUCAGAAAUCAGAGGUGCAGGAUGUUGAUGAACAGAUCAUUGUACCUAUGGAAACGGCUCUUGUUGGCGGCUGGGUCGCCGUGGAGCAAGCACUGAUGUUGGACGUCACUCAGCAAGGCGCAGCGGCCGCUGUCAAUCAAGGGCUGGCGACCAAAGAAGAACCCGAACUGGAAGAACCGGAAGAACAGCGACGGAAACGGCAGAAAGAGAAUUUGAGGAAACAGACCUCCGAUACCAGGACCAUGCGGGCCUGCAUACGAUGUCAUAACCAGAGAGUGAGGUGUCUUCCCAAUGUGGAUAACCCGAAUGACCCUUUGGCACCUUGCGUCACCUGUCUCAAGGUGCGCAGGGAAUCCAAAAAGACUAUCCAUAACCUCCCGUGUCUUCGUUACAAGCUGGCUUCGGUGGUGUUGCAGCGAGAUGGGGGGCUGGGCUACACGAAGCGAUUUGAUCAUACCCAGUUGAUCAACAUCAGGGCGAACGAUUGGGCAGACAAUCACAUCAAGGUCAUUGAAAUGGCUCAAGGGCUCUGCGAAACGCCAAUGACACUCAAAGUGCGGGCGUUCAGGGCAGUCGAGGGUGAUCAGCUCGUCCGGAAUUUUGUUGGUAGGGAUGGAAUCAGAAUUCCGGCGUACGGUCUCGUGAAUGUGAAGGAACACGGGCGAGCCUUUCAACACUACAUCGCGGCCAAUGCUAUCAAGGGACUGGAAGAUUCGGCCAAGGACUCUGAUGAUCUCGUCAAAGAUAUGUAUUCCAUGAUCGCGGAGCAUCUUCGGCAGUCAUCGCGGCACAAACAAAACCGAGAAGAAAAUCGGGACAAGAAAAGCGUAGAUCUGACUGAGUUUCUACUAAAAGCUGUUCGCCUUUGGUUUGCGAUUCGACACCAAACCGGCUCGGCAUGGAUUUGCGGUCAAGAGUCACUGGGGAUGGAAUCGAGGGAGCUGAAGACGAGGUACAUUCCCCGAAUGAUCGUGGCACAGUUUGACAGCAUUCGGUAUCACACGGUAUUCAAGAGCCAGGUGCCACAAUUUCUGAGCAUGUUCGAAAAGAUUCUCAGCUCGGGUCCCGAACUCUGGAAGGAUUCGAAGGAUGCAUGGUUUACGGCCUUUUUGGUUGUGUUCUUGUUUCUCCACAAUGUGGCCUGCAUUUGCAAAGAUCGGUACCGUCAUGCAAAGGAAAACUCGAAAGGGCGGCCUCUGGAGACACGUUACGGCCCAAGAGACCACCCGCUUACAACGUUCGUCGAAGACGUCCAGCAUGGUGCCGGUGUGAUGUUGGCGUACUGGACCUACUUCAAGCGUUGUGAUCUGAUGAAUUUCGAGUGGGAUGCCGGGAGCGUCUCAAAAUCGGCCAUCAAAUAUCUCGAUACUCGCCAGCUUGCAUUUUUGAAGGGGACGAUCGACUGUCUCAAAGACAAAACGACUUCAAUCCCGAGCACGCCACAAGAGGGCUGCUGGGAACAUGAACUGUACUGGAUAUCUCUAAUGUUUGUCUCAGAGCCGUCUAUGACGAGCUCAUGGAAGCCCCCCGUUGUUUUUUCGACUGUGAAUCCGAGCGUGGGCAACGAGCAAUGAUAUCGAAUGGGUUUCUUACAGAGGGAUGACUACUGAUUUACGAGUGAUUUGAUUUGGCUAUGCCUGGCCGAGGGAAAUAUUUGGGAGGACUUCGGAGUGAGUAACAUUUGUGUUUUUGAUUGUUGGCAUGACAUGAUGAGAAUCUGCGUGCGAGACAAAAACCAUGCAAUGGCAUGGGCGGGGAGAACAAAAGGGUCAAAAUGAUGUUUGGGUUUUGGCGUUCU